AUGGAAGAAGACCGCGUCGAUAUCUCCGAGGAAGUCAAUCCAUCAGCCCCGGCACAUUCUCAGCCGCCCCUGACGCAUGCUCCGCCACCUCCAACUCCCACGAGUGUACUUUCAACGUAUUCGGGCGCCCCUCCGACGCAUCUCCAGCCCCCGACAUCUUCAGGGGCGCCUCUCCCGCGAGUCUCACUAACGUCGUCCGCCUCCGACGACCACGCCCGCAUCGCAGCACUUGAGGGCACAGUUAACCAAUUAGCUGCAAGCGUGACCACCAACAUGGCGGAAUUGUUCGCCCUACUCAGAGGACCGAACCGCGCAUCCUCAAGCUCGACACCACCUUCGGGACAGGGACCAACGGCCGACCCGACAUCUUGGAUUCCGCCAACCCAAGUUCCGGAAAACACUGAUGCUCCCGCACCGCCGACGAUGCACACGGCCGUGGCCCACCCAUUUACCAUCCCUUUUCCACCACCACCACCAGCCCCCGCAGCAGUCCCUCUUCCGCCGACGGCGUUCCUCACUUCGGAUCAGAUCCUAUCCGCGCCGCCACCUGUUUCCAUGCCGGCCCCAGCUGCAGCCUAUGCCGUCCCUCCGCCGAUGGUUUUUCCUGCGCCAAGCGCACCUGCUCCGACUCAUCCUCAAGCCGCAGAGCUUCCCUCCUACCCGCCUCUACAACCUCACAUCAACUUCCCCUACCAAGCACCGCCGCCCAUAAACACUACUUUCCUCGAACCAGGCACGCCGACUCACGCGGCCCAGUUCGCCUCACCGACACACUUUCUUCCCGAGGUUGACGCCAAGCAGGAGCGAAAACUAAAGAGGAUGGAAGAAACGAUACGAGCCCUGCAGGCAAACGAGACUCGACCCAACACAAGCUAUGGUGACUGUAGUCUUUUCCCGGGCAUGUGA